UAGAUAAAGAAUAAGACAGUUCUUGAAAUAAAAAAGGAAAACAGUUUGAUGUGAUCAUUUUAUACAUCUUCAGUCAAAUAAUUAGAUCAAUUAAUUUUAAAUAAAGUUCUUCACUGUUUAGAUAUUUGGAAGUCAAGAACCAUCAUGACGGAUCAAUUUUCGAGCUUGCUGAAUAGCUCCCUUGACACCAUGGGUUACUCAAUAGGAAAUAUAUCACUAAGAGCCGGGUUAUCGAAAAAAAUUACAAGAAUGUGCAGCGAAAGAUGUACUGAACAAUUUGGUGUGAAAUUACUCUCUGCAGGAAGCAAAGCAGAAGGUGUUUCAUCAAUUUUCGCCAGUGAUGAUGACGCUAUGCUGGUAUUUACUGAUUACAUUUGCGUGGAUUUUGGUGACAUCGAAAACGGCAUAUAUGUUAUUCGAAAACACUUUGACGACUCACCUCCGGGAUAUAUCAAGUUACGACCACUGGGUGUGCAGAAUAUAACAGUGUUGCCACGGUUGCAUUUAUUCUCAAUGUAUGUACCUAACUUAGAUAUUGUGUUGUUAUCAAGCAUGUGCUUUCGAAAUUAUUUAACUUUGAUGUACAGUAAAGUCAUGCCUUAUCUAGGACUGGUAACAAAAGUAUCAAAGGUUAGUGGACCAGCACUAGCUUUAACUGUAAACCGUUGUAUGUUGGACGAUGUAUUUUCAGCAGACCUUUAUGCUGUCAUUGUCCCAGCUUUACCUUACUAUUCUUCCUCGAUCCUGGAACAGUGGAAAAAAACGCAGGCGGUUGUAUGAAUGGCCCUCUUCGGACACCAUAAAAGAAGUAUCAACUACAGAGGGAUAUGUUGUUCCCGUUGGACACAAGCAUAGUGAGGAACAGAAUUUCGAGUGGAGAGUUUGCUACACGACCGGGGAACAGAAGCUUUUAGGCAGCUUGAAUGAGGUUCCGAUGAAACUUUAUGUUUUGCUUAAAAUGAUAAACUCGUGUGUAAUCAAAGGUCAAGUGGACUGUCUUAGUUCUUAUAUGAUUAAAAAUAUUGUCAUGUGGGUUUCAGAAACAUGUCGCACUGGCAUAUUUACACCAAACAAUCUUUCACGUUUGGUACUCCAAAGCUUGGCAUUUUUAAGAAACUGUCUUCUUUACAGUAACUUUCUUCCGAAUUACAUGAUUGCUGACAGGAAUCUAUUAUUUGGUAAGGUUGAAGCUCAAGAAAAAGUUGAACUCGAGAAUAUAAUAGGAGAAUUAUUACACGAUGGUGAGUUUUUAUUUCUCAGGUGUGAAAAGCUAACACAUGCCAUGUACAUCAUGUGUGAAAAUCCUACACUCGCACUGAGAUUUCGGGCCUGGAGAAACGAAAUUGAAGAACUCUUCUUAUUUAUGCGUCUAAAAGCCUUUUCAAAAAUUAAACCCAACAUGGUGUUCAAGUCGAACUUCUGGUACGAGCUGUUCUAUGAAUAUCUUCAAGACGAAUCGUUUAUAGAAACAACGAUGAGAUUAUUAAACCUGUUGUCGAUCGAUGAAAGAACAGCGUUCGGAAAUGGGUUUCAAAACUUUGACGACAUUGAUAAUUGGCUCAACAGAUUGUUUUCAUAAUCUCGGCAUUUUAUAAAAGAAACUGACAUGAUAUGCAUACAGUUACAUGCAAAUCUAGGAUGACAGUUAGACAAUCAAUGGUAACCAACAACCAUCUAUGUACUGAACAUUCACUGUGUUGAUAGUGUAAUCAGCCAGUUCCUCACAAUCAUAUUUAUUAGAUGUAUUCAAAUAUCUAUCAACGUAAAUAAAGAUAAUUGUUAUGUUUUCACUUCACAUGACGUGUUACUUUGAAUGGAGUGAACCUAUAUCAUAUAAGAAUAAACUUUUUAAGUUAUCAAGUUGUUGGUCGAGAUCUUUAAAUCUUUUUUGUAAUAUGUACGUUAAGGAACUGACAGUACAUAAAAUGUAUGAAUCUUUUAGUUUCAAAUAACAAAGUGAAAUUAUCAAAGAACUGUGAUAUGAUUUUAAAUCCACCGUUUUAAUUCUAAUUCGACAGAUUUAUACUGGAAAACACCAAAUACAAAAAGUCGGCACGUAAGGCUCUGUUUUUGCCACUGACGCGCGUGCUGC